UGAACGGUUUCAGAGCACACACUUUCAUCUCACCACACACUGCACUUUCCUCAUCUCCCCGAAAGCAGGAGCUAGAGGAGGAGCUUGCAGGAACAAUGGCGGCUCAGGGUCUUCUAUCUGGGAGGCAGCUGCUGGGGAGGCCCCUGCAGUCCUCCUUCUCCAGGUCGUCUUCCUCCAGGAAGUCCCCCUUCAUCGUCAGGGCAGAGUCCAGCCCCCCUGCCAAGCAAAAUGAUAACAGGCAGCUGUGGUUCGCGUCCAAGCAGUCCCUGAGCUACCUUGAUGGAACACUGCCGGGUGACUUCGGCUUCGACCCGCUGGGCCUGUCGGACCCGGAGGGCACCGGCGGGUUCAUCGAGCCCAAGUGGCUGGCCUACGGCGAGGUCUUCAACGGGCGGACGGCGAUGAUGGGCGUGGUGGGCAUGAUCGCACCGGAGGCCUUGGGCAAGGUCGGGCUUGUCCCGCCGGAGACGGCGAUCCCGUGGUUCCAGGCGGGCGCCAUCCCGCCUGCGGGCACGUACCAGUACUGGGCCGACCCCUACACGCUGUUCGUGUUCGAGAUGGCGCUGAUCGGGUUCGCGGAGCACCGGCGGCUGCAGGACUGGUACAACCCAGGCUCCAUGGGGAAGCAGUACUUCCUGGGCCUGGAGAAGUUCCUCGGCGGCUCCGGCGACCCCGCCUACCCCGGCGGGCCCAUCUUCAACCCGCUCGGCUUCGGCACCAAGAGCGACAAGGAGUUGGCAGAGCUCAAGCUCAAGGAGAUCAAGAACGGCCGCCUUGCCAUGCUCGCCUUCCUCGGCAUGUCCAUCCAGGCCAUCUUCACCGGCGUCGGCCCCUUCCAGAACCUCCUCGACCACCUCUCCGACCCCGUCAACAACAACAUCCUCACCAGCCUCAAGUUCCACUAAAGGCAUCAUCAAAUCGAUCGAUCGAUCCGUGCAUCGCCAUGAUGGUACCCAUCGUCCAUGGAAUGUAGUGCGUGAGAGAGGUUUAAAAUGCUGAGGGUGGGUGUAACAUGUAAAUUUGUACGCGUGCUGCGUGCACGCUUGUAAUAUUUAUUAUAUUGUGCUCUUAGUGUGCAUUGCAUCUC